GACAAACAAUCCGUUGAUAGCGGGAGUUCUGAAACAAUACGCUACUUUUUCUCCAAGAUGUCAUGCGAGGAUGACAAGCCGACUAUCAAUAAGGAAUUCCUUACUGGUGUUGUUGAGGGGUUUUAUGGUCGCCCGUGGACAUAUCCUCAACGCAAGGAACUGUUUAGGAGGAUGAAUCAAAUGGGGAUGAAUGCCUACUUGUAUGCUCCUAAGGAUGACAUUAAACACAGACAGUCAUGGAGGGAUUUGUAUACUCCUGAGGAGGAGCAGCAGUUGCAGUACCUGAUCACAGAGUCUACAGAUGCUGGAGUAUUGUUUAUUUUUGCAAUAUCACCUGGCUUAGAUGUGACAUUUUCUAGCGCGAAGGAAGUAGAUAUCCUGAAAAAGAAAGUUGAUCAGGUUUCUAAACUUGGUUGUAGAGCAUUCGCUCUUCUCUUUGAUGAUAUUGAACCACGGUUGUGCCCUGCAGAUCGAGAGGUAUUUAGCUCAUCAGCCCGUGCUCAAGUUAUGUUUGCAAACGAGAUUUACAACCACUUAGGAUGUCCAGAUGUAUUUUUGUUUUGUCCAACAGAGUAUAGUGCAAGUCUAGCAGUACCCAAUAUAAACAAAUCAGAAUAUCUAGCUACGGUCGCUUCUUGUCUAGCCCAAGGCAUUGCUGUGAUAUGGACUGGUCCACUUGUCGUAUCCAAGCGUAUUUUAACCAAAGAGCUUCAAGAAUUAUCUGCCUUACUGAAGCAUCCUAUCGUUUUGUGGGACAAUCUCCAUGCUAACGAUUAUGAUCAACGUCGUGUAUUUAUAGGACCGUACAGUGGUCGACCUUUAGCCUUACGCCGAAAAGGCUUACUCAGAGGAGUACUGACCAAUCCAAAUUGUGAAUUUGAAGCAAAUUAUGUGGCGUUGCAUACUCUUGCACAGUGGUCUAGACAAGCUGGGAACAAAAAUGUCAUACAGUCGACAGAUACAGAAAUGACAGGUACGAAUGACGACCUCGAAUCUAAUGCUUCUGACGAUAAUGAUAUGAUUGAUGAUGGCAUUGAUGACCAGAAGUCAGACAGCGUUAACGAACAAUCCUCUUUGAGUCAGGAUAACUCGUCAAGUCGGAAGCAUUUACAUGGUGCUGUUUACAGACCCCGUGAAGCUCUCCACAUAGCUUUGCGAGACUGGCUUGCAUUGAUGCUACAGGAUCAGCAAACAAUGGCCGGUGCUUCGAAACCCAGUACAGCUAUAGGCACUCCUACACCCAUGGACACUGAUAAUAUAGAAACUGUUGCACAAAAUGAAGCUGCUAUGCAGAUUGAAUCUCCCCCUUCCAAUGUGGUCAUGAGCUCUGAUAACACUUCUUCUGAAACAAUUAAUUCAGGUGAUAUGAAUUCAGUUGCUGUUACUUUAGAAGACUUGGAAUUGUUCGCUGACUUAUUCUAUUUACCUUUCUCUCAUGGACCUGCUGCUGUACGACUUCUUGAAUUGGGACAUUGGUUACGUGAAUACUCUUAUGCGUGUGGACCUAAUCCUUCUGAUCCUGAGAAAGCAGCUGAAUGGAACAAAAAGCUAUCAGAUUAUGCAGAAAUGGUAUCUACAAUUAGUCGUGUACGAGACCGUAUACAACGUUUACCUUCUAAGAGUAUUGCUUAUGAAUUAGCACCAUAUAUAACAGAAGUUCAUACUGUGGUCGGCAUUAUCCUUGACUAUUUUCGAUGGUUAGAAACCGGAGUUAUGGCCUACCGUAGUAUGUCCCAUUUAAGACGACUUUUAACAUGGUUCUCGCCUGGUUAUCGGGACAUGGUAACAUCAGGAGACCAAGAGCCAUGGACUUUCCGAGGUGGAUUAGUAACAGAACUCCAGCGGAUUUUACCUCUUGAAUCUGCUCAAGAUCUUUUCCCCGCUCCAAGUCGUGCUGUACCAGGUAUGACUACAAUUCCUUGUUUGAAUUGGCCCGAUGCUGGACAAAAUCUGUGUGCUCCACUCCCUCCACCGGUUCCUUCAAUAAUCCCAUUUCAACCGCCUAGUCUGCCCAUAUUUUCAAGAUAUCCUUCUUAUGUUGUUCGACCCUAUCGACCUGAAGAUAAACCAGUUAUGUACAGUCUCUUCAGAAAACUGCUUUUAGCUCGUGUUGGUUUACCUGAAAAUUCACUACCACCAGAGUUCCAUGAUUUACCAGGUGAUAAAUACUUACUUCCGUUCCUACAACAUUCACCUGAAAAUUGUUUUAUGGUUUUUGGUCCACCUUUUCUUCAAGCUACUGCUGAGUGUUGCAGUGAUAGUAGUCGUACUUGUCACUCAGUCACAAACUCUGAUUACUCUACAUCAGCUCAGUGUGUAGGUUUUGGUGUUUCAGCACCUGAUGCUGUAUCAUGGGCUCGUGAACGUAACACUCAACAUCGUGAAUCAAUGAAAUUGAAAUAUCCACGUGACCUUCAGAUUUAUGUACAAGAUUUAAGUCAGUGUAACAAACCGCCAGUCUGUGGAAAUAAUGAGACAAACAAUACUAAUCCAAAUACAAAUGUUACUCGAUUGGAACCUCCAGUAAUUUCUUCUGCUCCUCCUUCUCCGUUGACAGAAGAUCGUUCUCCGACGAACAGUUCCAAUCGAACUACUGUAGCUGUUGAAGAAUUUAUAAAGUCUUUAAUUUGCUCCUUUCACAAUGAUGCCUCUGAAGUUGUUGACAUUGCUGCAGCUGUAAACAUUCUACCUCCUCCGGAACCUCUUGGCGGUUGCCUUUCCAUGGAACCACCACUUUCUGGUUGUUUGGAACCAUGUGAGUCUGCUGGUGCAGCUCCAAAUAUCUCUUCCAAUCUACCGUCUCAGUUGGAUCCGAAACCGUUUCCUGUUGAAUGUGCACCUUCAAUCCCACCUCUUCCAUUACCUACGCCUAUUUUACCUGAUACUGCACCACCAUCACCACCGUCUGGUGCAUGUGUGCCUUUGGUGCCAGAAACAUGUUCUAGUAGCCCAGCGACAACAAACUCAACAAUUGCACGCAAUCUUAUUGCUGCUGGUGGAGCGGAAGCACUUCAUAGCGCUUUAGCAGCUCAUCCUGCUACUCUAUGGGUAGAAUUUGAUGAUAUAGGACUAAAUGGUUGUGCAAGUGGUCCUACGCCUGCCAUGCUAUUCAAUCAUAAUCUUGGGUUGUGUACUGAUCCACCUGAGCUACUGUUGGAUUCAGUCGCUCGGCGACUAUUUAUCUGCUUGUUGGCUGCAUUGAAAACUAUCGGUGCUCAUGGUGCACAUGCUCAACUGGAUUCUAUCAAUGAACAUCGUGCAGAACUUUAUCGCCGUUUCGGUUUUUAUCCUGUUCCAGCAGCUUCAACUGAACAGACAACUGUAUUGGCUCGUUUAAUUUAAUUUAAUCCUAAUGGGGAGGGGAGGGGGAAUCUAUUCUUUAAAAACUCAUAUAAUGAAUGAAGUCGUUUAAUCUCUGUCCUCAUCACAUAAUCCCUUCCGUCCUUCCUUCCUUUCUCCACGCUUCAUAUCAUUAUUAUCCAGUGUGUGACUAAAAUCAUUGUUUGAUAAUCACUACCACCUACUGCGGUGUGGGUGGGUGGUUGACUGUAGGUAGGAUUGUAUGAUAUAUGCUCCUGUAGAUGAUCUCUCUUUACAAUUAGGAUUUAUAAAAGUAAUAUGUGUAAACAUACAUACAUAUACUUGUAAUCAAACUCUCUUCUUCACAAUCAAAAAUAUUUCUUGAUAGCUUUCAAAAGUCAAGUCAAAAAGGCGAAAUUUUUAAUCCAAAGAAAAAUCUAGUUUAUUCUUCAUUUUUUUUAAAACAAAAUCAAUCCUAACUAAUAUUCUAUCCGAAAUCGGUAAAAAAAAACACAGAGAGAAUAAGUUUUAUUCUCUGUUGUCAUUUUUACAACACCAUGACGAUUGUUUUUAUUCAUACAUUGACUAAUAUCAUUAUUAUUAUUUUUUUCUUAGUCAUUGUUUAAAUCCUUAAAUUUGAAUUUUUUAUUUUGAUCUCCAGUUUAUCUGCUAUGAUAUGAUGAUCUCCAGUGUCUUUUCUCUUUCUGUCUCUAUGCCUAUCAUUGUUUUGUUGUGUCUAUGUGUGGUGUAUUACUGCUUCUUCUUGUAGUAAUAUAAUGAUUUUAAUAUAUAUAUAUUGGAU